AUGGCUGCGGCUGCCCCGGCGGAAGUUGAGCAAGAUACUAAGGGUGAAAAGUUUGCCUACCAAGCUGAGGUGGAUCGGCUUAUGGACAUGAUCAUCAACAGCUUGUACAGCAACCGCGAAGUCUUCCUACGAGAGCUCGUUAGCAACUGCUCUGAUGCCCUGGACAAGGCACGUUUUAUUGGCCUCACAAAGCCCGAGGUCCUUGCUGACAAUGAGAAGUUGGAGAUCCGUGUGCGGACGGAUCCUGAGAACCACACAAUCACUAUCGAGGACACAGGCAUUGGCAUGACCCGUGAUGACCUGCUGAACCAGCUAGGGACCAUUGCGAGGUCGGGCACCAGAAAGUUCAUGGAGGCUGUCAAGGAAUCAAAGGGUGAUGCUAACCUCAUUGGUCAGUUUGGUGUGGGUUUCUACUCGUCCUUCCUGGUGGCAGACAGGGUGAAGGUUCAAACCAAGCACCCAGAAGAUGACAAGCAGUGGGUGUGGGAGUCCAGAGCAGGAAGCCACGAGUUCAGCAUAUAUGAGGACAGUGAGCCCUCUCUUGUCAGGGGCACAAGGAUCACACUGUUUUUGAAGGAGGAUUCCCAUGAACUCGGAGACGCUUUCAAGUUGAAGAGCCUCCUGAAGCAGUACUCAGAGUUUAUAUCAUUCCCCAUCAAUUUGUAUGCAUCCAAGCGUGAGCCUAAGCAGGUCACGGACGAGGAGGCCACAAAAAAGAAGCAAGAGGAAGAAGACACAAAGGCCAAGGAAGAGAACAGGGAGGCCAAAAAGAUCGAGGAUGUCACAAAAACAGAGUACGAAGAAGUGUGGGACUGGGAGGUUCAGAAUGACAACAAGCCCAUCUGGAGUAGGAAUCCCAAAGAAGUCACCAAGGAGCAGUAUGACAGCUUCUACAAGACUACUUUUUCGGAGUUCUUGGAGCCAUUGGCACACUCACACUUCAAUGUGGAGGGCACCAUCGAGUUCAGCUCUCUCCUCUUUGUCCCCGGAAUGGCGCCCUUUGAGCAGGACAUGAUGAAGCGUUCGAAGAACAUCCGCUUGUUUGUGAAACGGGUGUUCAUCAGUGACGAAUUUGAUGACGACCUUCUCCCUCGCUACCUCAACUUCAUCAAGGGUGUUGUGGACUCUUCAGACCUGCCGCUUAACGUGUCGAGAGAGAUUCUCCAGGAGAACAAGAUCGUCCGAGUAAUCCGCAAGCAGCUUGUUCGUCGGUCGCUAGAUAUGAUCGAGGAGAUAUCCAAGCGCGAGGAAUCAAAAGACGAUUACAAGACAUUCUGGGAUGCUUUUGGGCGGAACCUGAAGCUGGGGAUCAUCGAGGACACAGCCAAUCGUGACAAACUGGCUUCGUUGCUGCGUUUCCACAGCUCAAACAGCGAAGAUCUGACGACGAGCCUCGAUGACUACGUUGGCCGCAUGAAGAAGGAGCAAAAGGCUAUCUACUACAUGGCAACAGAUUCUGUCAAGGCGGCAAAGGCUGCCCCCUUUGUUGAGCAGCUGGCGAAGCAAGGCUUUGAGGUACUGUACCUGACAGAGCCCAUCGAUGAGGUGGCCGUCACCAACAUCGGGAAGUACAAGGAGCAUCCCCUGGAGGACGUUUCAAAGGAGAACCUGGAUGUCAGUGGGGAUGGCAAGGCAGAGGCCAAGGAGGAGACAGAGGCCAAGUUCAAGGGCCUCACGGACUUCAUGAAGGAGGCUCUUGGCGACCAGGUUGAGAAGGUCACUGUGUCCACGCGCCUGACUGACUCACCCUGCAUCGUGGUGACCUCCAAAUUCGGCUGGAGCGCCAACAUGGAGCGCAUCAUGAAGAACCAGACCAUGGCGGAUUCCCGGGCCAUGGAGUACAUGAAGGGCCGGAAGAUCAUGGAGAUCAACCCAGAUCACGAGCUGAUCAAGGCGCUCAAUUCUGAGGUCGAGGCAGGCAGGAAGGACAGGGCGGGCGAGUUGGCGGCUGUGCUCUUUGAAACAGCCCUGCUGACCUCUGGCUUUUCUGUAGAUUCACCGUCCGACUAUGCGGCCAAGGUGUACCGCAUGAUGUCUGGGGCUGUGGGAGGCAGCUCCAGCACCACGGGUGACGGGAAAAAGGAAGAAAAGGCAGGAGAAGAUGGGACUGUCGAGACGGUCACACCUGAGGUGGUAACGGACGAGGACCCAUGGAAGAAAUGA